AUGGUAGCAUUCAUGGCUGACAUUGAGGGUGUUCAGAUCCAACCUUCAAGUCGGGAUUUUCUCAGCUGGGGGGCUGAUCCUGCUGGUUAUUACUCCACAAAGUCAGCCUACAAUCUCCUCAAGGCUGAGGGCAAUUCUAUUUCUGAAGACAGCAACUACAAGAUCAUUUGGAGACUGAAAAUUCCCCCAAUAGCAAGUGCUUUCUCUUGGAGAAUCUUCAAGAACAGACUACCUACUAGGGAUAAUCUAAGGAGGAGACAUGUGGAGCUGCCCUCUUACAACUGUCCUCUUUGUGAUCAGGAUGAGGAAACUACUGGCCAUAUUAUGUAUUCUUGUAGGAAAACUAGACAUCUUUGGUGGGAGAGUUUGAGAUGGGCCAAUAGGAUGGUUCCUUUCCCUAUUGAACCCAAAUGCCAUUUUGUGAAAUUCUCUCAAUGGAGUGGAAAAAGCAAUGUAGACAACCGAUGGAAAGCUUUCUGUAUAGCUUUAUCCAUGACUAUUUGGAAGCAUAGAAAUGCCUUGGUGUUUAACAACCAGAAUUUCAGCACCGAAAAAGUCAUGGACGAAGCUUUGUUUCACACUUGGUCUUGGAUCAACUGCAUGGAGAAAGAUUUCCAUACACAUUUUAAUCAAUGGUCUACUUGCUUAAAGGAGGAAAUGUCCUAG